AUGGCUAUACUGAAGCAGCUCACAGCAUCUGAAGAACAACUAGCUCAAUCUUCCAAGUCCAAUUCACCGUCAUCAACUUGUGUUACAACCGGAAUUUCGAAAAGUCGUUUGUCACGAAUAAAUAAACGUAAUGAACAUGGAGAGACAAUACUUCAUGUUUUGGCUAGAAAAGGAGAAACAAAACAAUUGAAAAAAGUCGUUAAAGCCGGUGGAAAUGUGAAUGAAGUUGAUUAUGCAGGAUGGACACCAUUGCAUGAAGCACGUUUAUUACUUAAAUCUGGAGCAUCAGCCAAUGCUUUUGGUCCCGAAGCAACCACUCCACUGCACGAUGCCGUUUUGAAUAAUAAUACAAAAUUGGUCGAAUUGCUUUUGAACUAUUCUGCUAAUCCAAAUCAGGGAGAUUUAAAACAGAUAACACCAUUUGCUUUAGCUGCAUCCAAUAGUUUAAUGUUGAAAAUUCUAAGACGUGAAUUAAUUAUCGACCGACAAGAUGACAGUCUAGACGAAGAAGAUGACACCGAUGAUUUAGGACCGUUAUCACCACUCAGUAGUUUUGAAUCCGAACAGGACACAAUAACGCCAAUUGCAAUAUCAGCUCCAAAUGCAGCUACAACAGUCGACUCUUCUGGAGAACAACGUCAUUUAUUAGUAGCAGCCGAAGAUAAACAGAGAACAUUACCAAUUGAACGAUUAAAAUUUAAACGAAUUGAUCGAAUGGUUAUAAGAGAUGAUACUGAUAAGGAUUUUAGUGAUGAGGAUGCUCUGGAUUAUGGUUCUGAGCAUUCAGCAAAUUCUGCUUAUCGUCGUAGUCGAAACAAAUCAUCUGAAUCAUGUUCAUCUCAUGGUAAACAAAUAAAUCAAGACAACGUAUUAUUAGAUAGUGUCGAUGCACAAGAAACAACAGGUGAUACACGUCAACUAUCUAAGGAACAAAGGAAUCCAUAUGAUUUUGACAGCGAAGAGGAAGAAGGUGAAAUUCGUGACGAUAUUAGCGAUACUAAAAGUUCGACAGCAGUAACGCAUAGCGAUACCACAUUUUCAUCGUACGAUACAUACGGCAGUCGAACUGCUUACAAUUACCCAUCACAUCUAUUAUAUUCUCGAAACCCAUCCUCAUCGCAAUUACAAAAUCAUUAUCAAUCACCUCCAUCGCAACAUACCUAUUCAUCAUUGCAUGAUUCAUCUCAUUAUCAAACACAUUUCCCGUCUUCUCACUAUUACCGUGAUGAAUAUCACGAGCAUACAAAAGCGACAUGGCGACAUAAUAAUAUUGAGAAGAAAGAACGAUCGAGUAAAUCUGUACAAGAUUCAACAGAUAAAAACCGUUUCAAUUCAUCCUCUUCAUCUCGUGAAAAACUAGAAUUGAGCCUUUCGGAUUAUAAACAAACAGAUGAAGCAUGGAAAAACAGUCGACUACUAAAAGUAUCAUCGUCCUCCUCCUCAAAUGAUGAAUCAACAAUUAAAAUUGUGACCAAACGUAAGAGAAAGGAGAAUGUAUCAUUACUUCCAUCUUCGGAAACGGAAACAAUAACGGGAAAACAUUCAAUUUCUGAUGAUGAAAAAUUAUUCAAACAAAAAAAAAUUUUCUCAAAUUCUACUCGAUAUAAUAAAAAAUUCGAAGAAUCCAUGAAGAAACAAUUUGAUGAAAUAGCUGUUGACGUUCCUACAAUAAAACCAAAAAUUCCAGUUUUAAAAAUUGUUAUGCCAACAAGUCAACAUCAUCUGAAUGAGAAAAAAAUUAAAAAUACACAACAAAUGUUACCCUAUGUACUCAAACCCGAUAGUACUGAAAGGUCACCAGGUACUAAACUCUCUUCUAUGCCAUUGGAAGAUACUAGUGCUGGUGUACUAUCAGAAGAAAAUACUAUUCAAGCAACUAUCACUACCACAACCACGACCAUGACAACAGCAACAAUCAUCGAAGAUAAUAAUACAUGUGCUCUUGUUAUUGAUACGUCGUUACCUAAAGACACAACAAUGACUAACGAAGAAAUCAAUACUGAAGUUCUUUUCGAAACACCAUCGUCUUGCUCUUCUUCUUCUUCUUCGGCUGUUAUUACGGUAAUGAAACGUUCAUUGGAGGAUGUUGACGAGGAAUCUGUAGAAUUAUUACCACGAAAACAGCAAGCUUUAGAGCCAUUAAGUACUGAUACACUUCAAACAAUGCCAGUUGUGCCUUCAUUAUCUCCCCCUGUUGAAGGAGAACGUUCUACUACUUUAUCAAUCGAAACACAUCAAUCGAUCACAACCACGCCUACAACAAUAACGACUGUAACCGAAAUAAUCAGUACAACAAUAACGGCUCAAGAUGAAGAACAGCCCCAAUCAGAACAGGAGCAACAAAAUACUACUACUGCAGCAGUGCAACAAAUCCCGCAUCGUCGUGAAACGAAAUCUACGAGAACGUUGCGCUCCCAUGCAAGAAAACAGACGUUAAAUAGCAUUACGAUAACAAAUGCUAUUAAUAAAAAGACGAGAAAAGGUAAUGAAAAACAACGUCGAAAAAUCGAAAAACAGCCACAAAAUCAAUCGAUCAUAAAUUCUGAGACAUCAUCAAUCCAAACGAGUGAAAAUAGUCUUACCAAUAAUCAAUCUGGAUCACCUUCAAACAAUCAUGACGAAAAUCAAAAUUCAAGCAACCACAGUUCGGAUGAUAUGAUCUCAAGUGAUAAUGUCAAAAAUUUAAACGAUGAUGGUAGUUCAUGUUCGAGUGGUGAUGGUACCAAUAAACUGAAUGAUUUUGAUAAUUUAUCAUCAAAUAAACGAAAAUUACGUGAAAGAUUAAAUGCUUCGCAAUCGAUCGCUACUUCUGGGUCAUCGUCAAAUAAUUUAAUAACAGCAACAGCAGUAUCAAGUACUAAACCGUCAACAAUUCCAUCUUCAACAAAUUCUUCUUCAUCAGUAGCAGCUGCCGUCACACUUUCUCCCAAUAAUAAUGUAUCACGAGAAGUACCCAUAAAUUGUAUUAAAAAAUUUUUAGAAAUUCGACGUCAAAUUGAUAAACGCCAUGAAAUGAUGAUGCACGGUUUUAUGGUGCCAAAAACGCCAAAAGAUUUUGACGAAUUUUCAAUGGUAAAAAAAAGUUAUUUAAUUUCAUCGUCUACAGUGACACCAGAAGAUUUGCAUAUUAAAAAAUGUCCUCCACCUACUGACCUUGAUAAACAGCUCACAGAACUAUUUAUUCGACAAGAAGAUGAAAGAUAUCGUAUGCGUUUAAGACAUCAAGUCGAACGAGACAAAUUGAUUUUAUCUCACGAACAAGAAAUUCUUCGGUUAUAUGGAAAUGCAGCAAGAUCGUCAAUGAAUCAAGAUAUUCCAUUUAGCUAUUGCACGUUACUCAAAGAUGAUGAAGUUUAUAAUUUUCCAUCGUCACUGCAAACUGAUAAAGAACAUUUGACAGACAACGAUGGAAAGCAUUUGAGUAAUGAGACUGCAAAGCGAAAACAUCGUUGGAAUGCACGUUUUCUUAUAAAGACAAUAGACGAUUCUAAUUUCAAAUAUAAACGAUAUAGUCAAGAUUUAAAUCAGCGUCAACGUAUUGAAGCUGAAACAUUGUACGCAAUGCAGCGUAUGCUUUGGCUUAAACAUUUAUCUAAAGAGCCUUCUAGAGCAACAAAUAACGAUAUUUUUAUUCCGUUUGUUGAAAUAAAAGAAAAUUUUUGGACUGCCUGGCAAAAAAGUCAAUUGUAG